GCACAGAUGCAACGAUCUAACGUAUUAUUGUGCAUUCACAUACGAGUAGCGACGCUUCGUCUUUCCUGUCAAUGUUUUAAAAUGCAAACAAUUUAUAACUACGAAAGGCAUUCCGUUUUGGAUCAUCAAGUGUGGGUUGACAGUUAUAUAAAAUAAUUUGUUUCUAUGCAGGGGUGGCACUAUAACCAGAGCCAAUGGGCGCUAUUGCCCCAUCAUAAAUCUGCGUAGGCCCAGGUAAGCCACUCCAGCCAUUUAUUUGACAUUUUAUUGAUAUAUUAGGAUUUGUGGUUUACUUUCUCAGCCAAGGCACCCCCUCCCCGUUGUGUUGGGCAAGCCCCCCUCUCGCCCUGGGUCUGGGGGGAAGGAUAUCCUGGAACCGUCCCUGUUUAUGUGGGGAGAAUAUCAUCGGCUCGUGUGUGUUUGUGUGUGUGCAAUGUGGACGUGUUUCAUUAAACUGCCAUUUCAGUGUCACGCACCCUCGGGAAUGUUUGCAAAUACUGUACAACCUGUUCUAAACUCACUAUUUCUUCGGGAACAAUGGAACAAAAAGGAAACAUACCGAUUAGCUUUCUACUGCCGUUGCAGAAAGGUUUUUUAACGGUAUGUAUUUUAUGCAAUUCUUUAUUUGCCCUUGCGCUUGAAUUAAAAUAUCUGACGAGUACAGGCACGAUAGACUGGAGGACUGAAAAUGUGAUCACGUGGAUGCAGUGCGCUCGAUGAUUGGUCACAAGCAAGUGGCGCUUGGCUGAUGAAGAUGAUGGUGGUGGCGAUGAUGAUGAUGAUGAUGAGGAGGAGGAUCCCUGUGGCAAGUGUACACCGGCGAGCAGCAGCAGCAACAGCAGCAGCACCGCUCAGUUGAGUUGACAUGAGAAACCGCCUUGACACGAGAAGCCGCCUCGUCUGUCCAGGCCCCUUGCAGUGGACUUGUCAAGAAUAAGAAUGUCAUCAUGUGCCGUCAACAACAUGAUUGUUUGGCCUACUAGCCAAGUCGUGCAUGGCCGCUCGCGAGCAGCGGACGGGGACAGUCGUCAGGCGGCGGCGGCGGCGGCGACGGGCAUCGAGUGAGGGACUUAGAAGAAGCCGAGCAUUGGCGGCACACAACCGGAGUACCUGCGGAUCGAGGAGAACCGGAGCACCACCCCUCGCCGGCCGCGGAGCUGCACAGACACCGAGGCUGUCAGCGAGGGUCGGCGGCUACUCUGGGGCAUUUUGCAGCCUUCAAAACCCGUUGUGAAAAUAUACAACAGCCGGAUUUUUCUUUUUUCUUUUUUUACAGUACUUUUCUCAACGUAUUUUUUCCCAACAUUUUUUGAUGUGUGAACGUCGGGAUGUAACGUUUCUUCUUAGGAAUACCUAGCGUUUAUUUGUGCUGAAUUGGCUCGGUGUCUUUUUUUUUUUCUUGAAAGAAAUCCAUUGCCGGCCCUGACAGACCGACACGAUGUUGCAUUCGGGCUUCAGGUGAAGACAGUCGGCGGAAGACCCCAUCCCUUCCGGCAGGCUUGUGGAAAUACCCUGCUUGAAUGUCUUCAUAAGGCCUUGAAGGAGUGCUUAUUGGUGGCCUCAAGUGGCUCUUGAAGAAAAUGUAGAGGAUACUUCAAAGGAAAGUCAGGACAUAAACCACUCUCCGGUGAUCUCACUGUUGAAGAAAUGUUGAACGAGAGAGGGACGAAGGUAGCUCUGGGUCCCUAGUUUGAGCACAGAAAAAAAAAAGUCUGUUGAGAGACAGAGACGGGGACUGACGGAGGAGGAACGCUACAGAGGAGGUCUUGGCGGACUGAGAAAAAAAAAAAAACAAUCUCAAUGGCUACCGACCCAGGAGAGCCCACAGGCACAGAGGACUCAUCGGAGAAACCAGAUGGACAGAUGGAAGAGGACUUUGAGCAGCAUGGUGGUGCCGACGCACAGAGGGACAGGUCAAGCAGCACCCCCUCCGAGAUCCUCCUAUCUCAGGCUCAGGGCUGGGGGAGGACAGGAGAAGAGCAUGGAGGGACAGGAGAAGCUCAUCAGGAGGCUGUGGUGGCCUGCCUCACGCCCGAAACCUUCUUCUCAACCUUGCCGCUUGACACAGGCCAGAAAAGUCAGAGGAGAGAGAAGCGCUUUUUCAGAAAGAGCGUGGAGAUUUGUGAGGAGGACCAUGACGUGGUUCUCGCAGAAGCUCCGCACAGCGCGCCCAAGCUUGAUUUUCACUCCUUUGAUCCAGUCUUCAGCUGCAGUGCCCAACAGCAAGGAACCGUGUCCUGCACUGGCCUGCGCCAGGAUCCAUCCUGCCCCAGUGACCAGGAGCCUGGCAAGGAUGGCCCUCCUUCUUCGCCCACCCCAAAGGGCAAAGAGAGGGAGCGCGAGCAGGAGGAGGAGGCGGAGAUGAAAGCAGUGGCCACCUCUCCUGGAGGCAGGUUCCUCAAGUUUGACAUCGAGCUGGGCAGAGGAGCUUUUAAGACCGUCUACAAAGGCCUCGACACUGAAACUUGGGUGGAGGUGGCUUGGUGUGAACUUCAGGACCGCAAGCUGACCAAGGCGGAGCAGCAGCGCUUCAAGGAAGAAGCGGAAAUGUUGAAGGGGCUCCAGCAUCCCAACAUUGUGCGCUUCUACGACUCGUGGGAGUCUGUACUCCGUGGCAAGAAGUGCAUCGUCCUCGUCACUGAACUCAUGACCUCGGGAACACUCAAAACGUACCUGAAGCGUUUUAAGGUGAUGAAGCCCAAGGUGCUGAGGAGCUGGUGUCGGCAAAUCCUGAAGGGUCUUCAUUUCCUGCACACCAGAACCCCUCCCAUUGUGCACAGGGAUCUCAAAUGUGACAACAUCUUCAUCACGGGCCCCACUGGUUCCGUAAAAAUAGGCGAUCUGGGGCUUGCAACCCUCAUGAGGACUUCAUUUGCCAAAAGUGUCAUCGGAACCCCCGAGUUCAUGGCUCCAGAGAUGUAUGAGGAGCAUUACGACGAGUCUGUGGAUGUCUACGCCUUUGGAAUGUGCAUGCUGGAGAUGGCAACUUCCGAAUACCCUUACUCCGAGUGCCAAAAUGCCGCUCAGAUUUAUCGCAAAGUUACAAGCGGUAUCAAACCAGCCAGCUUUGAUAAAGUGAACGACCCCGAGAUAAAAGAGAUUAUUGAAGGGUGUAUUCGUCAGAAUAAAAGCCAGCGGCUGUCCAUCCGAGACUUGCUGAACCACGCGUUCUUCGGUGAAGACACGGGGGUCCGCGUGGAGUUGGCAGAGGAAGACAACGGCACCCAGGACUGUUUGGCUCUACGGAUUUGGGUUGAUGAGCCCAAAAAACUGAAGGGGAAACACAAAGAUAACGAGGCCAUCGAGUUUAGCUACGACCUGGAGAAUGACAGUGCUGAGGAAGUGGCUCUUGAGAUGGUAAAGUCAGGCUUCUUCCAUGAGAGUGAUGCCAAGGUGGUGGGCAAAUCAAUUCGCGACAGAGUCAAUCUGAUAAAGAAGUCACGGGAGAGACGGCAGCAACAGCUGCUCCAGCAACAGCAGCAGGGACUUGAAGAAAGACGCGACUCCACUCUAACUUCCCACACUUUCCCCCAUUCAUCCAGCCCAUCAUUAAUGGGGGGCGGAACAGCCGGAGGAGGCGGGCAGGAAUCUGACAACCUGCCUGAACUGGACCAGCAUGUUGUCAGAGGGGCAACGCUAUGCCUGCCAGGGGAAAGUCUCGGGUCUGCCAGCUGUGAGUCAUAUGCUAGCGGACAGAGCCAGUCACACUCUCAGUUGGGGGAAUCAUUAGCUCCCCCGCAGACUUCUCAGCCCAUCGCUACUUCUUGUACCGCCGUACCGGCUAAUCCUCCGAGGCUCCCAGUUGGUGAGAGUGGAGCUGUUCCAAGCUUGCCAGGUGGCCAGAGUGUCACUUUGUCCUGCAUCACUCAAAGCCGAGGCCCGCCUGUUGCUCAGACCUUCCUCCAGCCCAAUGCCGUGGUUCAACAGUCACAAUCAUUUCCAUCAGAUGCGUUUCAAACAGCCACCCCCCCAGCGUCACUGGCCCCCUCCCAGUCAUACAUCAGCUCUGUUUCCCCACAAGUUCUCACUUCAUCCAUGUCACUCAGCGAUCCUGCUGGGCUUGUGGUGACUAUUGUUCCCCUCACACAGCAGCCCCAGCCCGAGGCCCCUCCCAUGCAGCUUGCUGACAUUGUUCAGCAGCCAGCACCCCAGCAAACACAACCUCUACAGACCAUCGUUCAGCCACAGCACCGUGGUCUCGGUGGCCAGAAGUCGAGCCUUCAGCAGCAGCAAAUGGAGAGCCAGCUUGCUCUGUCAGAGCAACACUUGAGCACCACUCAGCCUUCAGUAGGACAGCUUCAACAGAGCCUUCCAGCUGUAGCGGUCCUGAAACAUCAACAUGAGCCUCAGCAGCAGAUCUGUGUACAGCAGAGCCUCCCCCCGGCUCCACAGGACCAAGCGGCAAGAGUAGGUAUGGUGCAACACGCUUUGUCGUUGCCACCACCGGGAGAACAUUCUCAACCAGUGAAGGACCCUUGUGAGCAGAUCACCACCAUCCAACCGCAGCAACAGCAAACCUCGAGACAACUACAACCGCAGCAGGGAGUUUUCCGGCUGGAGCAACAUCAGAAUUUGAUCCCACUUGAUCAGCAACAAGCUCAAUUACAGCAGCAGCAACUGGAGCAGCAGCAGACCCUUGUACGCAAGCACUUAUUGGAUCAGCAACAAGCUUCUCUUCAACAGCAGCAUCAAGCCAUGCAGCAGCAAGCACAUUCACAACACCAUUUAGGGCAGCAGCAGCCCGAACUGUUGUAUCAACAAAUGGAAAGAAUACACGAGGAGCCACCGAAGCAACAGCAGGUGGUGCAUCAGCAGCCCCAGCCGACUCAACAAGAACAACAACAACAAGAAGCUCUCUUCCAACAGCAUCUCCAGCAGCAGCUCGUCUUACAGCAGCAGCAACAGAAGACUCAGCUGAUGCCGCAACAAAUCCAGCAACAAGCUCUUCUGCAGCAGCAGCAAGAGAUUCUGCUUCAACAAAAGACCCCAUUUCAACAACAGUUUCAAGAGCAGCAACAGCGCCAAGCUGCCAUCGUUCAACUUAAGCAAACAGAAAAACAAGAGGCGGUCUCUUCUCUUCAAAGCAGCGGUGAGCAGCACAUACAACAGAAAGAACCUGAGAUGCUUCAGCUCUGCGCCCCUCAACCAAGCAGCACUCAGUUUGUAGCUCAUAACCCGCUCACUGGCGAACAAGCUGCACUGAUAAUGCAGCAGCAACCGUAUUCUACUCCACUUGCAAGAGAAUCUCAUAUCCCACUCGGGCUUCCACCUAGCGCUGAAAUGAUUCAGCAACACACUCGUCUUGGUUACCCAGUCGUGGCAUCAGGUAUCGUCCCAGCUCAGGCGCUCCCCCAGCAAGGACAAAGUCAAAGUCAUGGCCACAAUGUUCCGCUCCAAUAUGGAAGCCAGUCGACCACGCAGGCAGCUCAGAUCAUGAUUGACUCCCGUGUUGUUCCUGUGGUUGUAACCACUCAAGGACAGGCACAAAUUGUCAUCCAAGCCCAGAAAGUUGUAAGCGCUUAUCCUGAGCCAACACCUUCUACUACAACCCAAAUGUCUGCUCAGUCAGUCAUUCCGGGUCAGCCUUUGCAGCCAGGAGUCUACCAGUCCCAACCAUCGCACUGCCAGAACUCUUCUGCUGACGUUCAGAUCAUGGGCCAGCAAAGCCAAACUUCUGUCAAGCUUGCAGCAACAACAAUUCCUGCUCAGAUACCGCAGGAGACUCUUCUUCAUCCCGAUAUUCAAAUGCCAGACAUGCUUCAGUCUCAGCUUAGGCAACAAAAUCCAAGCCAGGCGCUUCUCCAGGCCCAAAGUCACAUUCCGGCUAGCCCUCUGACCACUCAGUCCGGCCCUCCGAAUGACUACCGAUCCCCGUCACUUAGACAUGAUGUCAUAGAUGUGACACGGCAGCCAGUGCUGCAGUAUCAGCCGGUGGCCAUGUCUGCUGGAGCCAACACAGCCGGUCUCAAUUCUUGGGGAGAGCCUGCAUGCAUUGUUACCACUGCAGUCGAUAUUCCAGUGGUCCUGGACCAGCAGCAGCCGUUAGGAAGCACCGCAAAUUCAUCAGCAAUUCAGCCAAGCUCCCAGCCACAGCAGCUACAGACAUUUUCUCAAGCUCAGCAAUCAGCACCUCCUUCCCUAAUCCAGUUGCCAGUUGAGCCCAUCCUGACUCCGAGCCAGCCAAAAUGUCCGCUCAGUCAGGCCGCGAUUGGCAGGGAUGAGGCGGAGCUGCCGGCACAACGUCAGCCUGCUCCGCAUCCCGACGCACAGCGAGCCCCCUGGAAUGCGGCGCAUCAUCAUUCCCAUGUUACCAACCUCCCGUCCUCGCACAGGAGCGUAACGACAGGCGUCGGAUCUUCCUCCCAGCUCCAGCCAAAGCACACGCCGCCUGCACUCACUCCCGCACAUAACAACAUUCAGGCCCAGUCCCAGACAUGCAUUCAAAAGCAGGCUCAUUGUCACGCGCAAGCACCAGCUGCCGAAGCGCCUCUUCUUCUCCAUGCCGUCUUCCCCGUACAUCACAUAGUCCUGAGCCCCUCUCACCCAACGCCCCCCCCGCCAUCACUACCAUCCCGCCAUCCUCCUCCUGCCACCCCUGCGCCAGAGCUGUCGUCGCCACCAGCGGCCCAGCUCACCUUACCGGGGCAAGGAAACUUUGGACCUGCCACUGCUAUAGACUCACUUAAUUGUCAUGACCCCAAACUACCCCAAGCCUCGCUGCAAGACUGUGACAUUUCCCUGCUCGGCAUUUCUCAGGAUUGUCUACCCCUGUCAAAUAGAGACCGCCCUUCCUCAACUGGGUCUGUGCCAACGAAUGGAGAAGAAGCUCCUUUGCUCUUGGCCAAUGGCAAAUUAGAAAAAGUAAAGGGCCAGAGGAGAGCGUCUUCUCUGAAACCUGAGAAGGUUUCACAUCAGUUUCAACUGAGUAUGCUUCAGGUGUCAGGCAGUGGCGACAACAUGGUGGAGUGCCAGUUGGAGACCCAUAGUAACAAAAUGGUGACGUUUAAAUUUGAUUUGGAGGGCGAUGCACCAGAGGACAUUGCAGAUUAUAUGGUGGAGGAAGUCUUUGUCCUCGAUGUGGAAAAGGAGAAGUUUGUUGAAGAGCUCAGAGCCAUAGUUGCGAAAGCACAGGAAAUACUUCAAACGCAUUCACUUACAGGGUCAACCGAUCAGUUACAAGUCAGUACGCCCACGAGCUCUACGUCCGACUCCGUCCCACACUCGUCUCCGGUGGGACGCUGGCGUUUCUUUAUCAACCAGACCAUUCGCCACAGAGACUCUCUCUCUAGCCAGGGGGCAGCCAUGACACCUCCCACCGGAGAAACAAGGGCACUCCCAGCCCCGAAAACAGAUACAGAAAAAGAAAGCUCCCAGAGUCUGGAAUCCUUCAGUGGAGUGUCCUCUACUGUCUUCGCCCCCUCUGUCACGACUGCACCCACUUUGCACGCCGCUGCACCUGAAGGCAUUCUUGAAGCCUCUGGCCCUCAGACUAUUUCAGGUGGUGCCAAGCUGCAAGUCGUCACCACAACUUGUGGCCACCAAAGGCUCAGUUUGCCCAUUUCCACGGCAGUGUCUCCUACCAGCAACCUUAGCUCCAUCCCCACUGCUGUACCUGCCACGCCCUUCACCGCUGGUGCUGAUGGCGCAGUCAGCCAAGCUGACUUAGAGCAGCUGCAGCAGACCCUCUCCCAAGGAGGCCAAUCAGCUGCACAGCAGCAGUUGCAGCUUAAGCAACAGUUGCAGGCAGCACCGCACCAACAACAACUGCAGCAGACGCAGGAGGUAUACCAGGAACAAAUUCAGGUACGGCAGCAACAGGAGUUUGUGCAGCUGCAGCAGCAGCAACAAACACCACAGAUGACGCCGCAUGCGCUGCUUGAGUAUCAGCAACAGCAGCAGGCUGUGCCUCAACAUCAGUCGCACACGGACCAUCGGCAGCAACAACUAAACACACUGCAGAUGGUGUACACACCAGAGCAGCAACAACAUCAGCAGCUCGUUUGUAGUCAGGUGGCGCAAACAUCCCAAGUCUCAGCUGACCUGCCAACACGGCGUUGCCAGACGCAAAACGCAGAGCGAGAGGAUGUGUCGAGCACCGCCGACACGAUUCCUAAACAACACCCGCUCCCCAAACAAUCCUCUGUACAGCAGUCCGAGUCGGAUGUGUCCACGGGAGACAUGAGCUUCACAGACGACCCGAUGCCGUGGCAUCCUUCUUCGGACUCGUCUUUGCCACCUCUUCAUUUGGGAGCGACCGAAGCCUCCUUCAUCCCUCUGUCCCUCACACUCACCCCUUCCCCUGCGCAGCCUUCCUCGGUGGCCGAGUCGGACAGCGAAGGUCCCCCCAAAAUAGAAUUUGGAGACAAUCGUAUGAGGACGCUGGAUGAAAAGCUGAGGAAUUUGUUAUAUCAGGAGCACUGCGUCAGCGGUGCGUCUCCAGCCGGUGGGGCUGCGUCUGCACUGACGUCAACAUCGACGGCCUCCACAUCUGCAGGUGGCGAUGAGUCUUUUGAGCCACAGGCGUUGUGCAUCCCACCCCCUACUUCUGUCUCAGACGCAUCUCCACACUCCACGUCCUCCACCACCUCCUCCUCCUCCACCUCCUCAACCACCACCACUCCUGACCCUGAAAGCUGUGAAGGACCUCGGGAAGGCUCUUCAGAAGUUUCCCAGUCAGCCAAGCAAGGCCUGAUGGAGUUGCAGCUUUGCCCAUCUCAUUCUUCCACCUACUCUACCGCCACCACCGGCACCACACCCUCUGCAGCUUUUCUCCCCGCCAAACAGGAUGUCCCUGCUGAGCCACAGCAUCCUCCUGUACCAGGAGAACCAACUAUCCUAGCUAUAGCCCCCCACUCUGACAGCAGCACCACUGAAGAAGCAUUGCGGGCCCACCGCCAGCAGAUCCCCCUCCGGAAUGGAGCGCAGCAGCAUAAUGCAGGAGGUGGAUAUUUUGGCCUAAACCUGACAUGUCCUAGUAUCAGAAAUCCGGUUUCUAGCAAGAAAUCCUGGACUCGCAAAUUCAAAAACUGGGCAUGCAAAUUGCGCCAUUCCGCCAGCUUGUUCAAGAAGCCCAGAUUCCAGCAAGUCUCAUUAUCAGACGGCCGGUCGGCUGGUCAGUCGUUCAAAGAAAUGAAGGAGGUGACCCCGCAUCCAACUCUGUCACGCAAAGGACGAUUCCAUGUGACCCCUGUGCCUCAGUCCUCCCCCCCCAAGAAUGCGUCAUCAGGCUGCGGCAGCACUCACAGAAAAGUGGGCCGCUUCUCCGUGACAAAGGCCGAGACGCAGGAUGAGCAGACGGAUGGCUCCCCGGUGGCUCCUGUUCUGCUCCGGGAAAGGAGGAGAUCUCGGGCAAAGGAGGCCGACAAAGAGAGGACGCCAGCGAUGGCCCAUCUUUCGAGAGGGCACGGACAUAGCCGCUCCCCCGUAGAUAGCAGCGAUGAUGAUGACGACAAUGCGAGUGAGUUGGAGGAUGACGACCUGAGAAGAGAACUUCACAAGCUGAGAGAGAAGCACAUCAAAGAAGUGGUGUCGCUUCAAGCCCAGCAGAACCGAGAGUUGCAAGAGCUGUACAGACAGCUUCGUUCCCAAAAAGACCAAAGGCAAAGUCUUCCUGCUUGCUUGUCUCGGAGCCCCACCCUUCCCGCAGCGCCCCCUCCUGUCUCCCCUCGGCGACCCAGGCCAGCCAAAAUCAAACUGCGGCCGCGACCUCACUCUCACAUGGAUAACAACGGAGUCACACAUGCUGCAUUCCAGCAGUCGAGCAGUUUUUCGGGUACGGAGCAGAGUGGAGGACCUCCUCAUUGCAGCUCCAAGGAUCGUUCCUCAUUGCCUGUCAAAAGAGAUCAAAGCCCUGCCAGGAAGAGCACCUUCACUGAUGAAUUGCACACGUUGCUUGACAAUUGGACAAAGGAGGCAGUGGGCCAGAACAUGCCCAAGCCUUCUCUUAAUCAGAUCAAGCACAUUCAGCAGGUGCAAGAGUUGGGAGGCUGGACCCAGCCAAAUGAGGUGGCUUCACAGGGUUGGUUUCCGUUGGUCCCACUGAACCCACAGGUACCCCUGGCCGCUGCCAGCUUACCUGUGUCAGCCCUUCCCCAGAACACGGCAGGGGGAGGCCUUCCGAACCCCCCCGGGUCUCAGCCGCAAGCGCAAACGGCCCAAGUACCACAAAUGCAGCCCAGUUUACACCUCCAGCAGCAGAUGACCUUUCAGCAGUCUCCGCUGGGCCAGCAUGUACAUCAUCAGCCCCGACCGCAAACCCCAAUCCAGCCACAAGCCCCCAUACGGCCGAAGUCUCUAGCGCACACGCCGGCUGUUGUCCAGCUGCCCGGCUCGUCACAUCAAACCCAACCGCUGCUGCCUUCCCGCGCCGCCGCCUCUCUGACGGCCGUGUCCUCGCCGCCUGGCGACACUCCCUCUGCGCCCGCGGAUAGCAGCGUUGCCAGUGGGGGGGCAUUGGGCACUUGUUCCUCCUCAUCCUCAACUUGCUGCUCCUCCUCCUCCUGUCUGAAAGCUGCUGUACCUUCCAGUGCCAAAAAGAAUCACCCCACAGACACCCCUGCCUCCACGCUUCCUCUGGGACAGGAAUGAAACCAAGGUUGGUAUAUUUGUGAAAAAAAGGCACCAGAAAAGCAAUAACUGAGUGGCAGCAGGAUGUAGCACAGAUCCAUUUGGAGUAUUCGGCUGGAUUUACACUACAGUAUUCUUCUGCUAUCCGCAGAUGAUGGAGAGUGAGCCCAUGUCGCAAAUACCAGGGGAAAAAGGGAGGACCUGACCCACCCCUUUAAAAAUAUUUAGAAUUGCCUUCAUCAAUCGUUUUAAGUAACUGUAUACAUACAUACUCAGAAAUAUGCCCCCUAAAACACUUGUGUAUAAUUUUAAACUCAUUUUACAAGACUAGGCAGGAAAUCGACAGGUCGAUACACAGCAGGAAACUACUGCGAAAACAUAGACCAUUAAAUAGGGUGUAAAUAUGCUCCCUUCGAAAAAUAAAAGCAUCUUAAUUGCCACCGGCAACCUGUUGAGGUUAUCUUCAUUUAAACCAGUGACUGCAAGAAUCAGUUCAGGCCAACUAAAUACAAUGUAAUAUUUAUUCUUUGUGUUACUUGAAUUUAUUAUUGUGGACCUGUUGGUUGUUGCUGCCCAGGUUAUAUUUUCAAAAUUGGCACUAAUCCCUAAAUGGGCGCUCGGCCCUGCCUUGUAAAUCCAGUCUUAGGUGGACUUACACACGAGGGGGUUUUAACCGCAUCGGAGAGUGACGCAAUGGAGUGUGAAUGUGGAUCUGAGAGGUUCCAGUAUGAUCAGAUUGAAGGUGACAUUGAACGCAUCACCUGAGCUUUGUCAGUAGUCAUACGCAUGGGUCUCGUUUUUCACUUGUUUGUGUGGCAGGGAAUUUGUGACGCAUGCCCGGCAAACAUUUACUUAUCCAAACAUCAUCAUCAUACCUCCCGAAACAGAGAAAAUAUAUGUUGAUGACAUGUUUUGUUUCCACUUGUCAAUGCUUGCGGUGAAAGGACUAUCAAUUUUAAAAGUGCAAUUAGUAAUGAUCAUGGAAAUUGAUCAGCAUGUAUUGUCAUGAUUUGUCUGUAUGUCAUAAAAUAUUUUUGUAAAAGUGAAGUGAUGAAACUUUUCAAACCGUUGGCUUCAAGCACAAAUUGCUUCAGUGGACCAUAAAACAAAACCAACAAACAAAAAAAGUUAGCAGCUUCCAGAAUAGCCUUUAUUUCCAGUUGUGCAACUCAGAUUUACCAAAAGCAACAAUGAAGAAUUUCUGCUGUGUGGCUCAUCAAUCCCAGCGCUAAACUCCAAUUUGCGUAUUUUCAGACUAAAAGUCCCUCUGAAGUCACGUUUUUUUGUAAUAUUUUACUUUUUACUUCAGCCAUUUCUUGCCGGUUGGUGCACUAAAAGAACGUCAACACGAUUAGAGAACAGGGAUUUGGGGUGACAGUCCGAGCGCUGAUGAUAAUAAUAAACUGAAAACAAUUUGCACCUGAGUAUAAGUCACAGUUCCAGCUAAACUAUAAAAAAAAAAAAAGUGUGACGAGUCUGAAAAAUAGGGUAAUUACAUGUAAUUAAUACCAUCCCAGCUCAUGUUACUUUUGGUGUUCAAUGCUGCUUUUGUAUGUAAAAUUGUCAUGUAGGUGUGUGACAUCUUGGCUUGAUUUUAUCCAUUUUGGAAAGCGUCAUGAUACUGCACCUUUACAACAUAUUGUCACUGUCCGGCGGAAUCGGCACAACUCCAAAUUCACCACUUUUAGGACCCCACCCAAAAAAAAUAAAAUAAAUUCACAACUCCUAUCCAGUCCUGUUCCCGUUCAGCAUGACUCCCACUCCCAUACCACUUCCAUUUUUGAGGUCAAGCUACAUUUUAAAAAAAUAAAAGGUAUGUGACUCAUUUAUUGAACAGUUUGUUACCCCCUUUUUCCUCACUGACUCUCUAUUUCGUGCAUUUCUCUAUUUGUUCCCACUGUAUAAUUUGGGUCCCGUCUGCUCCUGUGAACUUUUUAUUUUGUACUGUCCCAAUCUCGCGAUUCGAUGUAAAGUUGAGUCCCAUCCCACAGGAAUUCCCGAGAAAAUGUGACAAUUGUCUAGUGGUCUGCUCAAUGAACAGGUAUUAUAUGUACCUGGACAAUAAUUAAUUUACCAAAUUAAUUAUAGACAAAAUAUGAACCUUUUAUUGCUGCAAAUGGCGUACAUACUGUAUGUGAAGUAUGUAUCCUUUUAAUAAUGCCUAAAAAUAAUGUGACUUAUCAGAUUCCGCACGACAGCGAUGAUAUGUUGAUUUGGUGCUGUAAGUUUGGCAUCUCAUGAUUAAAACAGAGUUGCACCCUGCUCAAUGAUGCAUUUAAAAAUUGCUUUCGAGUGCGGCUAACCGCAAUUUGAGGAGCGGCUCUCGGUGUGAAGCAUGGCAAUGCACACAACCACAAAGAUAAACAAUGCAUAAAGCUCUACCAUUGCCAUGACUGAUCUAUUCAGAACCAUUCAUUCCAGAGUCGCAAAACCUUUAUUCACUGUACUGGCAAUGUUUUUCAGGUAGUGUAUUAGCAUUGUGAGUGAUCACAGGUAUCGCAUUCAAUCAACUGCUAACGUCAUGUCAAUCCAACAUAAACACACACACAUCAAACACUCGACCCUGUGAUCAGAAAUGACCAACAUAUGGCAGCUAAUGUGUGAGAAACAUUUUCGUUUCAUCGGGGAAUUUGCUCAAUAAAAACGGUUCAAGCCUCUGCAAUUUGACAUCUAAUGUGACCGCCCCAAGGCACAAUCAGCUGCUGGUGAAAUUCAUCGGCUUGGUAAAGCAAACCCACAGCAGAAAUGUUUCCUUCCACAUUAGCUGUCAUAUCAUCAAAUAUUGUGGUGACGUGCUUUGGAGUCAAGUGCAAACCGUAAAGCAACUGCCAAGUUAUUGUGACCUGGCAGCUCGUUUAGAUUAGCACAUUUUGCCUUUUGCAUUUUUCAGUGUGUAAGUCGUGUUUCUCCUUUUGACUCGCAUGGAAUCAUUCAUGUGCUCAAAUGAGCCUCUCCAGGAUGACUCAACCAACUUUCUUUUGUUCUUUUUUAAUGUUAAUUGGUGUAGUUGACCGCAAACUGUCAUAAAAUAAUCUGUGGGCAAUUUAUGUGUUGAAUACACACUGCCAAAGGUUCAUUAUGAAGGACAACCCAGCCCUCGAUGUUAUGCACUCAUGUUCUGUGCAGCAGUAUGCAAGCAGAUGCAUUACACUGGACUGGCUUAGCAGCAUACUUAGCCGUGCAGGAUGAAACUUUGCGGUGUUUCUGGACUUCAUUCAGAAGAUCAAACAUUGAGAAGAUCAAAUAGUUGGGUUACUUUGGGCAUCGUUUAGAAUUGACCGGUGAUUUUCUGGAUCCUUCGCAGUCAUGUCUGAUACUAACUUGAAUACCACAAGCUUGAUUGUCACAUUGCACAAUGUGGAGCUGGCUUUGUGUUCCCAAAAUCUAAAAAAAAUAAAAUAAAAUAAAAUUUAAAAAAAAAAGAGAAAGAGAAAAAUAUUAUUUUUGUAUUUUUUAAUGGAGACCCUUCAUUAGAAUAUUGUGAUCUUAACAAAUCAAAACGCUGGUUCUCAUACGUGUUCCAUGGGACUCGCCGUGUUUUUUUUUUUUUUUUAAUACAUCUUUCUGUCCUGAAACAGAAAAUAUUUGCCUUGUCGAACUUAAUUCCUCACACAAACAUCACACCUCUUGACUUCACUCUCCGAUUGGAUGCCAUCAAAGUCAAGUGAGUCCCGUUCAUGCAUGACUGAGAACCAACGAUGAAGAAACACAUUUGGGAAAUCCUAAAAAGUAUGUUGCUAGUGAUUUGCCCUCUGUACAUUGUAACACAAUCAACUUUUGCUUUUAUUUAUCUUUUGUAACUAAUACAAAUAAAUGAUGUCCAACAUCCA